AUGUACGUGUCAUUCCCGAGGUUCAGCUCAAGCCAGACUUUUCUUACCCCUUUGGGGGCGGCCACUUCGGAGGGAAUCCUCUCCUUGGGGAGCCGAAGGGGUCUAAGGUCGGCCUCGAGCAAGCUGCACUCGCAGUAUCAGGUGUGGACGCAGUGGACCGACGGGUCGCGCAAGCGGCGCACGGGAGCCAAAUCGCAGACGGAUGAGCUCCUCGGGGAGAUACUACGACGGGUUGGCGUUCCCCACGCCUCGUGGUUACUCCGGUGGCUACACUCUACGUCGAUGGGCCGCGCAAGCGGCUCAAGGAGGCCCGCAAACGCGAAUGCAUCGGCUUCUAAGGGAUAA